CAACAAUGUAUUUCCAUCGAUCGACUGAAACCGGCGUUCAUCUGCAAUCCUGAGGUCAACGCACACCCCCAAGAUGAUCCAGCAACGAAAGUUACACCUUCUGGACACAGAGUGCGAUUCUUGGUGUAACUGGGGGGAGGCUGUGGGAUCCCGGGUGAACCACCCUGUGCAGAGAGAGAGAGAACGAGAGACGACAUCUGGUGACGUCUAUCGUUCUGCCGUUUUCCGCCAUUCGUGACGACGCGCUCGAAAGAGUCACAAGUUUGAUUAACUCGAAGAUCAAAUAAAUCUCGUUAGAUUAUUAAUCCUCCGGCUUUUAUUAUUCGCCUCGCUCGUUCCACCACAAGGUCAUCGUUUCCCUGAGUGGAAGAGAGGACCUGGCCAAUGCCACAAACAUAGGAUGUGCUGAUGGAAGUGUUCGGAAAGAAUCUGAGGCCAACAGUUUGUUCUUGCGCAUGCGAUCUUCUUCCGAAUCCCAGAAUGGACAAUUCAUCUGUACGUUGUCCCUUGUUCAGCCAAACUGUAGGUGUAGAGGAAAGAACGAAAAUAUGGGAAGGAUUGUCCGAGGGAAGAUGCGAAUCCACAUGAAUUUUCAAUGAUGGCAGGAUUGGUAAUGUCAGGAACCACUAGUAUCUUUUGUGGAGCUACUAUAAUUUCAGAAUAUUACGCUUUGACAGCAGCUCAUUGCCUAACCGACUUGGAAGGAACACUGACGCUUCUAGUUGGCGUACACGAAGAAGAUCCAUACAAAAAGUACAAUCCAUACGCCGUAUAUUACUCAGUGAAAACAAUCAUUGUUCAUCCAGAGUACAAUGAGCGACUGAUAACUAACGAUAUCGGUUUGGUGCGAACUGAGUCCGAAAUCGAGUUUAAUCACAGAGUCGGUUCUGUUUGUCUACCGUGGAAGUUCCGAGAAAGCACCUUCACUGGCGAGUCUUUCGAAGCGAGCGGGUGGGGUGCUCUGCGUUUUAGAGGACCUUCUCCUCAAGUGCUUAAUAAGGUGGUUCUCAACGUAGUCGACAACGCAAGCUGUUCAACCCGAUGGAACAGAAGGAUAACUUCUAAACAAAUGUGUACCUACACGCCGCAUAAAGACACGUGUCAAGGCGAUUCCGGAGGGCCACUGUUUUUUACGGAUCCUGAAAAUGAACAGUUUUACGUGGUUGGAGUUGUAAGUUACGGAUACGGGUGUGCUACGCACAAGCCAGCCGUUUACACUAGGGUCUCCGCUUACCUAGACUGGAUUAAAACACAGACUAGCGAUACGUCCUACUGUGUUAUGUGAAAUUUGGAGUUGAACAAAGAAAAACGCAUGCUACUGAUUUCGCUCAUACCUGUGAGUGGGAUUUUUAAUUCUCUUGAAUAUAGAAAAAGCUAUAAAUAAAUUCUUUGUUUUCUUUCACUUUCCUCCCCCCGGUCGGUAGACGCUACCCGUCCAUCCGAUUCUACACGAUCGUCGUCGACCGUCACGAUCGUUACAAUACCGUUACUGUUACGUUGAAUGUUAAGAAGCUUGAUU